UUCCUAUCUGUAAUCACUGGUGAUAUGAAAAAAUAAUAAACUAUAUAUAUCUAUAUAGUUGUUUGUAAUAAUUGUUUUACACAUUUAUGAUGGUAGAUGAGUCGACGAAGAAAACAUUAAGCAACAUUCCGUUGUUACAGACAAAAGCAGGUCCUAGGGACAAAGAAUUGUGGGUGCAAAGAUUAAAAGAAGAAUACCAAGCUUUAAUUAAAUAUGUGAAAAAUAAUAAAGAUUCUGAUAAUGACUGGUUUCGUUUGGAAUCUAAUAAAGAAGGUACAAGAUGGUUUGGUAAAUGUUGGUAUAUUCAUAAUUUUUUAAAAUAUGAAUUUGAAGUGGAAUUUGAUAUACCUGUUACAUAUCCUACAACUGCGCCAGAAAUAGCCUUACCAGAGUUGGAUGGUAAAACUGCAAAAAUGUACAGAGGUGGAAAAAUUUGUCUCACAGAUCAUUUUAAACCUCUGUGGGCACGUAAUGUACCCAAAUUUGGAAUUGCUCAUGCAAUGGCACUUGGUCUUGGACCAUGGUUGGCAGUUGAAAUUCCUGAUCUUAUAGAAAAAGGUGCCAUAACACAUAAAGAUAAAAUUAAUGAAAAUAAAUCAUAAUUACAAGAAAUAAUAUUGUAUAAUAUUUAUAUU